UCUCUCUCUCUCUCUCUCUCUCUCUCUCUCUCUCUCUCUCUCUCUCUCUCUCUCUCCUUAUCUCUCUUCUCACGUAAUCAACUUCUCUCUUUGUGUUUUCUUAGCCGGUUAAAAAAAAAUGGUUGACCAGAAGAAAUUCGCUCUGUUUCUAGCAACUCCUGAUUCGGAGUUCGUUAAGAAAGCGUACGGAGGGUACCACAACGUGUUCGUGGAGACGUUCGGAGACGAGGGAGAGCAUUGGGACUCGUUUAGAGUCGUGGACGGCGAGUUCCCCGACGAGAAAGAUCUUGAGAAGUACGACGGUUUUGUUAUAAGUGGAAGCUCUCAUGAUUCCUUCCAGAAUGAUCCUUGGAUCCUUAAGCUAUGUGAGAUUGUCAAGAAACUUGAUGAGAUGAAGAAGAAGGUUCUUGGCAUCUGCUUUGGUCACCAGAUCAUAGCUAGAGUUAGAGGAGGAACAGUUGGGAGAGCAAGGAAGGGACCAGAGCUUAAACUUGGAAAGAUAACCAUCGUGAAGGAUGCAAUCACACCAGGAAGUUACUUCGGAGACGAGAUUCCAGACAGCAUAGACAUCAUAAAACUACACCAGGACGAAGUGUUGGUGUUGCCGGAAGGUGCCAAAGUACUAGCUUAUUCAGACAAGUACGAGGUGGAGAUGUUCUCCAUUGAAGAUCAUUUAUUCUGUAUUCAAGGACAUCCAGAAUAUAACAAAGAGAUUCUGUUUGAGAUUGUAGAUCGUGUUCUUCGUCUUGGCUACAUCAAGCAAGAAAUGGCUGAUGCGGCAAAGGCCUCGAUGGAGGGUAAGGGAGCUGACAGGAAACUUUUGGAGACGAUUUGCAAGAACUUCCUCAAAGGCAGAGUUCCAGCUAACUAGUUGUUUCACUACCAAGUUAUCUAUUUGGCUCUUAUUAUAUUGGAACAUUUAUGGAUUUUAUGAUCUUGCAUUAUUCAUAUUCUAUGUAUAACCUAUUAAUCUCAACCGUGGCAUAUUUAUCUAUGUUUUCACAUUUCCGAUUUGGA